ACGUUCCUUUUUCAAAAGCCCCAACUCUAAAUCCGGAAAUCGCCGCCAUGCUGACCGAGGCAUCCAGAAACCGGGAUAAUCGCAUUCUCGCCAAACAGGAGCAGAUAGGAAAAGCUCUUUCUGGUCUAGGCAAGGCUAUGACCUCCCUUUUGAAAAAGGAUCCUAAUAUAGCUGAAGCUAUACGUAUGUUAAGUGACGUCGGAAAAUUAGUUGCCGACGCGCACUUUGCCGAAACAGAAACUCGUCGGUCGGUCAUAAUUCCGCUGGUCGAUAAAUCGCUCAUCGAGCCCUUUAAAGAUAGGAAAAGGGAUAGUUUUUUAUUCGGCGAAAAGCUGGGCGAGUUAGUUAAGAACUCCCGCGGUAUCAAGAAAACUGGGCAGUUGAUUCAAGCAGCCCCUACAGGAGCUGUUUCAAGCUCCGUUUUAAACUGGAGGCCCCCACCGCCACGCCCGCGCCUGCAGCGCGGCGGCCAGCUGCCGUAUCCCGGCCGCGGCGGGGGGCACCGCGGGUACUACCACUACCAACCCCGGCGCCGAGCGCCGCCAGCCCAGAACACGACCUCCCGGCGCCAGGCGCAGCAUCCGCCGCCGGCGCCUCCGCCGCCGAAGCGACAAGCAGCCCAGGCAGCGCGUCCGCCGGCCAACCAGCCACAAUCAUAGACCCACAGAUUAACUCACCCGCUGCACCGGCACCUUACCCUGGCAGCGAGCGUGUUAUCAGGGAAAGCUUUAUCAGAAGAGGGGUACCAGAGUCGGCCUUAAAUGUCUUACUUUCCUCAAUCACACAGAGUACUAAGUCGCAGUACUCCUCUAGUCUGAAACUUUGGUGGCAAUAUUGUGAACAAAAUAACGUAGAUUUUUAUAAUGUCGAAGUUGCGCCAUUGUUAGAUUUUUUGUCCAAAUGUUUUGAAAGCGGAUCAUGCUAUGGUACGUUAAAUAAUCAUAGAUCCGCUUUGUCCUUGAUCUCAUCAAAUAAUAUAAGUCAAGACGAGAGUGUUCGAAGGUUCUUUCGAGGAGUUUUCAAACUAAAACCAUCUUUCCCUCGUUAUAAUGUCACAUGGAACCCUAGUACGGUAUUAGAUUAUUUAGAUUCAUUAUCAAAUGAUACAAUCGAUUUAGAAAACUUAAGUAAAAAACUAGUUAUGCUUCUUGCUUUGGCUACUGCCCAGAGAAUCCAAACUUUGUCUUUGAUUAAAAUUUCAAAUAUUACUUUUUAUAAUGAUAAGAUUGUGAUUAUCAUCACAGACUUAAUUAAAACAUCGAGAAUCGGCCGAGCACAACCUGUAAUAGAGCUGUCAUUUUUUAAUCAAAGGCCAGGUAUAUGCCCGUGUGCUACGCUACAAAAAUAUAUCGCACUAACUGCAAUCCAUAGGUUGAAUGAAGAUAAACUCUUGCUUACGUAUAAGAAACCUUACAGACCUGUUUCAUCCCAAACUAUUGGGCGGUGGAUCAAACAGGUCCUGCAGGAGAGUGGCAUUGAUAUUAGUAUUUUCGGCGCUCACUCCACGCGCCAUGCCACAACCUCCGCGGCCUCACGGGCUGGCGUUAGCAUUGACGUUAUCAGAAAAGCAGCUGGCUGGUCCAACCAAUCAACUGUCUUUGCUAAUUUCUAUAAUAGACCAGUGAUUGAUGGU